GACCCCUGCAGUGCACCAUGAGUCGGUAAUGCCCACUGAGGACCUCUGGGAGCCAUGUCAGACGAAUCCACCUCAGGGAGCGAUCCAGACCUGGACCCGGACGUGGAGCUGGAGGAUGCGGAAGAGGAGGAGGAGGAGGAGGAGGUGGCAGUGGAGGAGCACAGCAGGGAUGAUGAGGAGGACCUGCUGGAUGACCCAUCCCUGGAGGACAUGUACGGCACUGAGUGUGCCCAGCUGGGGGAAGAUGGGCAGCGGCCACCGCGGUGCACUUCAACUACCUCAUCUCAGUCUGAGCCUUCAGAGCAGCUUAGGCGCCACCAAGGCAAGAGCCUGGCCUCUGACGACCCCAAAAAGAAGAGAGCUCAGAAGCCCUCCCACAUGAGGAGGAACAUACGAAAGCUGCUCCGGGAGGAUCAAUUGGAGCCAGUUACCAAAGCAGCACAACAGGAAGAGUUGGAAAGAAGGAAACGCCUGGAGCAGCAGAGGAAGGACUACGCAGCUCCCAUUCCCACUGUUCCCUUGGAGUUUCUUCCCGAGGAAAUUGUCUUAAGAGCAAGUGAAGGUCCCCAACUGCCUCCUCGGGUCUUGGCCCAGGAAGUCAUUUGUUUGGACAGUAGCAGUGGCAGCGAGGAUGAAAAAAGCAGCCGAGAUGAGGUGAUUGAACUGAGCUCUGGCGAGGAGGACACUCUGCACAUUGUGGACAGCAGCGAGUCUGUCAGCGAGGAAGAUGAGGAAGAGGAGAAGGGUGGCACCCACGUGAAUGACGUCUUAAACCAGCGCGAUGCUCUGGGGCGUGUCCUCGUCAACCUGAACCACCCUCCGGAGGAGGAGAAUGUCUUCCUGGCCCCGCAGUUGGCUCGGGCAGUGAAACCCCAUCAGAUUGGCGGGAUCCGGUUCCUGUAUGAUAACCUGGUUGAGUCCCUGGAGAGGUUUAAGACCAGUAGUGGCUUUGGCUGUAUCCUGGCCCACAGCAUGGGUCUGGGGAAAACUUUGCAAGUGAUCUCCUUCGUCGACGUCCUCUUCCGCCACACGCCAGCCAAAACUGUCCUUGCCAUUGUGCCGGUUAAUACUCUUCAGAACUGGCUGGCGGAGUUCAACAUGUGGCUCCCAGCUCCUGAAGCCCUGCCAGCGGACAGCAAGCCUGAGGAGGUCCAGCCUCGCUUCUUUAAAGUUCACAUCCUGAAUGAUGAGCACAAGACAAUGGCAGCUCGAGCUAAAGUGAUGGCUGAUUGGGUGUCGGAGGGUGGGGUGCUCCUGAUGGGGUACGAAAUGUACAGACUCCUCACCCUGAAGAAGUCCUUUGCCACCGGCAGACCGAAGAGGAGCAAGAAGCGGUCUCACCCGGUCAUUAUUGACCUGGAUGAGGAGGAUCGCCAGCAGGAGUUUCGGAGAGAGUUUGAGAAGGCCUUGAGCCGCCCUGGCCCUGAUGUGGUGAUCUGCGACGAGGGCCACCGCAUCAAAAAUUGCCAGGCCAGCACCUCGCAGGCCCUGAAGAGCAUUCGCUCCCGCCGCCGGGUGGUGCUGACCGGGUACCCCCUGCAGAACAACCUCAUCGAGUACUGGUGCAUGGUGGACUUCGUGCGCCCAGACUUCCUGGGCACCCGGCAGGAGUUCAGCAACAUGUUCGAGCGCCCCAUCCUGAACGGGCAGUGUAUCGACAGCACGCCCCAGGACGUCCGCCUCAUGCGGUACCGGAGCCACGUCCUGCACAGCCUCCUGGAGGGCUUCGUGCAGAGGAGAGGCCACACUGUGCUGAAGAUUCAUCUCCCUGCCAAGGAAGAGAAUGUGAUCCUCGUGCGGCUCUCCAAGAUCCAGCGCGAUCUGUACACACAGUUCAUGGACCGCUUCCGGGACUGUGGCAGCAGUGGCUGGCUGGGGCUGAACCCCCUCAAGGCUUUCUGUGUGUGCUGCAAGAUCUGGAAUCACCCUGACGUGCUGUAUGAAGCCCUUCAGAAGGAGAACCUGGCCAAUGAGCAGGACCUAGACGUGGAAGAGCUUGGCUCCACGGGGACUAGUGCCCGCUGCCCGUCACAGGGAACAAAAGUCAAGGGGGAGGACAGUGCCUUGGCCGCCUCGAUGGGAGAGGCAGCCAACAGCAAGUUCCUUCAAGGGGUCGGCUUCAACCCUUUCCAGGAGCGAGGCAACAACAUCGUCACGUAUGAAUGGGCCAAGGACCUUUUGACUAAUUACCAGACUGGAGUCCUGGAGAACUCUCCCAAGAUGGUACUGCUUUUCCACCUGAUUGAGGAAAGCGUGAAGCUUGGUGACAAGAUCCUCGUGUUCAGCCAGAGCCUUUCCACCUUGGCUCUCAUCGAGGAGUUCCUAGGGAAACGAGACGUGCCCUGCCUACCUGGUGCCGAGGGGCAAGGAGUACAGAAGUGGGUUCGAAACGUCAGCUACUUCCGGCUCGACGGUAGCACCCCUGCCUUUGAGAGGGAGCGGCUCAUUAAUCAGUUCAAUGAUCCCAGCAACCUCACCACCUGGCUGUUCCUUCUCUCCACAAGGGCUGGGUGCUUGGGCGUGAAUCUGAUCGGUGCCAACCGAGUGGUGGUGUUUGACGCUUCCUGGAACCCUUGCCAUGAUGCUCAGGCAGUGUGUCGGGUGUACCGCUACGGCCAGAAAAAGCCCUGCCACAUCUACCGCCUUGUGGCUGAUUUCACCCUCGAAAAGAAGAUCUAUGACCGUCAGAUUUCCAAGCAGGGCAUGUCAGAUCGCGUGGUGGAUGAUCUCAAUCCAAUGUUGAACUUUACCCGGAAGGAGGUGGAGAACCUACUGCACUUCGUUGAGAAGGAGCCAGCUCCCCAAGCAUCUUUGGACAUAAAUGGCAUCAAGGAGCCAGUCCUGCAGCUUGCCUGUCGGAAGUACCCUCACCUCAUCACCAAGGAGCCUUUUGAGCAUGAGUCAUUGCUCCUUAACCGAAGGGAUCACAAGCUGACCAAGGCGGAGAAAAAAGCAGCAAAGAAAAGCUAUGAGGAAGACAAACGCACAUCAGUCCCCUACACCCGCCCGUCGUACGCACAGUAUUACCCCGCCAGCGACCAGAGCCUGACCAGCAUCCCCGCCUUCAGUCAGAGAAACUGGCAGCCAACGCUGAAGAGUGAUGAGAAGCCUGUGGCCAGCGUCCGUCCUGUGCAGUCCACCCCCAUCCCCAUGAUGCCCCGGCAUGUCCCCCUGGGAGGCGGCGUAAGCUGUGCCUCCAGCACAAACCCAGCCAUGAACUUCCCCAUCAACUACCUGCAGCGCGCGGGCGUCCUUGUGCAGAAGGUGGUCACCACCACAGAUAUUGUUAUUCCUGGACUCAACAGCUCCACAGAUGUACAGGCGAGAAUUAAUGCUGGGGAGAGCAUCCACAUCAUCCGCGGGACGAAAGGGACGUACAUCCGCACCAGCGACGGGCGGAUCUUUGCUGUCCGAGCGACGGGCAAACCCAAAGCCCCUGAAGAUGGCCGGAUGGCUGCCUCAGGUUCCCAGGGGCCUUCUCUCGAGUCUACGAGCAACGGCAGACCCAGUGCCUCAUCACCCAAAGCCCCCGACCCUGAGGGGCUGGCCAGGCCUGUCUCUCCCGACAGCCCGGAGAUCCUCAGCGAGCUGCAGCAGUACGCGGACGUGGCCGCUGCCCGCGAGUCCCGCCAGAGCUCCCCCAGCUCCGCCACCGGCCUGCCUGGCCCCCCUGCCCAACUGGUGGACGGCAGUGCUGUGCCUGGGACUGCUCUUGGGACGGAGCCUCGACUUGGGAGCCACUGCCUCAACAGUUCCCUCUUGGUGACCGGCCAGCCCUGUGGUGACAGGCACCCAGUCUUGGAUUUAAGGGGCCACAAGCGGAAGUUGGUCACACCAUCUGCUGCCCAGGAGUCAGCCCGCCGGCGGUCCAGGAAGGGCCAUCUACCAGCCCCCGUGCAGCCGUAUGAACACGGCUGCCUUGGGGUGCGGCGUCGGGAGCACAGAGCCAUGUCGGACCUGCUACUGCUGGGCCUCAUCGGGGGCCUGGCGCUGCUGCUGCUGCUGACUCUGCUGGCCUUCGCCAGGUACUCAGGGCUGCUGGCUGGGGUGGCGGUGAGUGCCGGCUCACCCCCCUUCCGCAAUGUCACCGUGGCCUACAAGUUCCACGUGGGGCCCUACAGCGAGACAGGCCGGCUUUUCACGGAGAGCUGCAGUGUCUGCCCCAGGCUCCGCUCCAUCGCCGUCUACUAUGACAACCCGCACAUGGAGCGGAAGCUGUGUGCCCACCCUCGGCUGGAGAUCUACCAGCAAGACCAGAUCUAUUUCAUGUGCCCGCUGGCCCGGCAGGGAGACUUCUAUGUGCCUGAGGUGAAGGAGACAGAGCGGAAAGGCCGGGGGCCUGCGGAGGCCAGUGAUGCCCAGAUGGAUGGCACAGGAGCUGACACGCUGAGCGAUGCGAGUUCUGUGAGCCUGGAGGUGGGUCCUGGCAGUCGGGAGACGUCGGCGGCCACACUGUCCCCAGGGGUGAGCAGCCGCAGCUGGGACGACAGUGACACCCGCAGUGAGCACAGCUACAGCGAGUCGGGCGCCAGCGGCUCAUCCUUUGAGGAGCUGGACCUGGAGGGCGAGGGACCCCUGGGGGAGCCCAGGCUGAGCCCUGAGGUUGAGCCUGGAGCUCCCAAGUGGCCCCGGGAGCUCAGUACCCCUGAAAAAGGCGAGGAGUAGCCCGUGGCCCCCUCCUCUGUGCUGCAGUCACUAAAGGAACGGGACCGGACUCUUCAGCCUCCUUCCUCCUCCACCUUCCGGGGCCCGGGCGAGGGCCAGGGGUCUCAGGGGACCUUUACUUCGACCCCGGCCUCUAGCUAAGCCCUGUCCUCACUGCCCUCUGGCUCCAGGGCAAAGGAGCAGGGACUGCUCCCUGCCCCCAUCCCGGGGCUGCUGCUCUGUUACAUCUUUUUCAGAUUCACAUUGGAGCUUCCAGGAACCAGAAUAAAGCAAAAGACUUUAUUGUUUCA